UAGAAAAGUGGGAGAGAGAAAUCUCAAGAACAUCGACGGCGAAGGAAUGGAGGAAGAGAGAGUGGCCGUGGCCGGAGGUGUAGCGAGUCGAUACGCGCUUAAAGCGGGGCGUAUAAAAAGCGAAGACAUACUAAUCUGCAUCGAUGUAGAUGCGGAAUCGAUGGUGGAGAUGAAGACCACUGGAACAAAUGGUAGGCCUUUGAUCAGGAUGGAGUGCGUCAAGCAAGCCAUUAUUCUCUUCGUUCACAAUAAGCUCUCCAUCAACCCUGAUCAUCGCUUUGCUUUCGCUACUCUCUCCAAAUCAGCUGCUUGGCUUAAAAAAGAUUUCACCAGCGAUGCUGAAUCUGCUGUUGCUUCCCUAAGAGGAUUGUCAGCUAAUAAAUCCUCUAGUCGAGCGGAUCUCACACUUCUCUUCCGAGCUGCAGCUCAGGAAGCCAAAAUUUCCAGAGCACAAAACCGAAUUUUGAGGGUGAUUCUCAUAUACUGCAGGUCAUCGAUGAGACCAAUCCAUGAUUGGCCGUUAAAUCAGAAGCUCUUCACAUUGGAUGUAAUGUAUCUGCACGACAAGCCAAGUCCUGAUAAUUGUCCUCAAGAUGUGUAUGAUUCUCUUGUCGAUGCUGUAGAACAUGUUUCAGAGUAUGAAGGUUACAUUUUUGAGAGUGGUCAAGGGCUUGCACGGUCUGUUUUCAAGCCCAUGUCAAUGUUGUUAUCUCAUCCUCAACAAAGAUGUGCUCAAGAUGAUCUUGACAUCCCCAGGUCUCUUGCAAAGAAAGUGCCUGUGACUGAAGCGGCAAAUUCUGUAGAUGGGAACAAUAUUCAGAUCAUAAGCUAAUGAAAACAUUGUUGUUUUUUUCUUGUAUCUUUUGGUUAUGACAUGGUUGUAAUGUGCGCAUGUGAAAAAUAAUCGAAAACUAGUGACAACUUGUUCUAGAUCCAUCAAGUAAGAAACUCAAAUGUCCAAAUGAAUAUAAAUGUUUUUCUUA